UUUUGAAAGAUCAACAGCGGAAGUGUUACGUAGACUCUGGCUCGUGCAGCCGUUGGAGGAACUUUCUCUUCGUUCCUUCACAACAAGAUGGACUGGACUGAGGACGACACAGGUCACAGCCACAUGCAUGACAACUGUCACCACGGACAUGCGGCGGGUCAUUCUCACAGCCACGGGCCGAGGGCUGCUCACCCCUUCAUGGCGGGUUUUCACGGGCAGUUUGGCAGUAACUCGGAGCAGACGAUGAACCUCAGCCAGCAGCCCAAGAAACGCUCACACAUGGACGACAGCAGCACAUGGGACAUCGUGAAGGCCUCGCAGUUCGGGAUCCUGGAGCGCUGCAAAGAGCUGGUUGAAGCAGGUUAUGACGUCAGGCAGCCGGACAAAGAGAACGUCACUCUGCUGCACUGGGCGGCCAUCAACAACCGCUCAGAGCUGGUCAAGUAUUAUAUUUCUAAAGGAGCGAUCGUUGACCAGCUCGGAGGAGACUUGAACUCUACUCCUCUUCACUGGGCUAUAAGGCAGGGCCACCUCCCCAUGGUGAUCCAGCUGAUGAGAUACGGAGCGGAUCCCUUAGUCGCAGAUGGAGAAGGUUACCGAGCCCUCCACCUGGCCGUCCUCUUUCAGCACAUGGCCGUAGCUGCUUACCUUAUGGCAAAGGGACAGGAAGUUGAUGGUCCUGACUGCAACGGACAAACGCCACUAAUGUUAGCUGCUCAGAAGAUUAUUGGGCCUGAGCCCACCAGCUUUCUAAUCAAGAAUAACGCCUCUGUGAGCGCCGUGGACAAAGUGAACAGGAACACUCCGCUGCACUGCGCCGUGCUGGCAGGAAACGUAGACGCUGCUCACAUCCUGCUGGAGGCCGGGGCCAGUGUAGACGCAGAGAACAUCAACGGUCACACUCCCAUCGACUUGGCCCACCAGGUGCACAGCCCACUGCUCAUCCACAUGCUCAACCACGUCAAACAGGAGAGGAUCCGCUCCAAUACACGCUGCCUACGCAUCCUCAACAGAUACAGGGUUUUUCUACAGUUUUUGCUCUGCACUGCCUUUUUCGGAUGUAUGGGCGCCAUUAUCGAUAUGAACUCAGAGUCCUGGUUGCUUAAAGGGAUCCUGUUGGCCUGUGUGAUAGGUGUGGUCAAUCUGGCCUUGAGGAACUUCCCCAGUCUGGAGUUUCAGUCCCUCCUUCCAGCUUCGGCUCUCAUGGCCUCAGUCUUCUGGAUGAUUGUCACUUGGUGCCUCUGGUUCCUCCCUGAUGGGCCCAGCGCCACCGUUCAGGUCUUGUUUACUCUGAAUGCCACUGCUCUGCUCUACUACUACCUCCGCACCUGCAGGACCGACCCGGGAUUUGUCAAGGCCACCGAGGAGGAGAAGAAAAUGAAUGUGUUAGUGUUGGCUGAAGCCGGCUGUCUGGGGCCCAGAAUAUUCUGCACAUCUUGCAUGACAAAGAAACCAAUGAGGACAAACCACUGCUUCGCCUGCGACGCCUGCGUGGCCAAGCAGGACCACCACUCCAUCUGGACCAACUGCUGCAUCGGUGCAAGGAACCAUCACUACUUCAUCCUCUUCCUGUUCUCCCUCAUCAUGAUGGGCGUCUGGAUGUUCUACGGCUGUCUCGUGUACUGGUCAACUCACUGCGUGCUGCAUUACGAAGAGCAAGGUCUGUGGGGUGUGGUCUCUGCCCUGGUAGGCUGCUCCCCCUGGGUGCUCAGUGUCUUUGUGCUGGCCUUCUAUCACAUCUGCUGGUCUAGCUUAGUCCUGCUGCUGCAGCUGUACCAGAUUGCCUUCCUGGGACUGACCACAGCAGAGCGAACCAACCUGACACUUCACCAGAGGAAACUGGGAAAAUCUGUCUCCCUAAAACAAAAUCCAUACAAUUUGGGCGUGGUGAGGAACUUGGUCUCCUUCUUCCAGCUGCGUUGCUGCGGCCUCUUCAAACCAGCCAUCAUCGACUGGACGCAGCAGUUUCCCCCAGGUCGCGAUCAGAGCAUGUUUGGACACACUGACUUAGUCUGACCUCCCCUCCACCCCUCGCUCAGGGUCAAGGGUCAGACUCUUAAAAGUGUUCUGGACCAAAAGCACAAAGUGUAUUUAUUUAUUUUUUUUAAAGGGAAGGCUCUUUGUGAAGAGAGGUAUCAGAAUCAAGGGAAACACAAAAAAGGAAUGUGUAGAUACUGUUUGAAUCGGUUGCUCUUUGUACAGACUGCUGCUGCCUUAUACUUGACCAAUGUAAGUGAAUUAAAAAUCACAAAUGUUUUAAUUUGGGUGAGGUUCAUAAACCAUGAAAGGCCUGAAUUGUAACUGAAGUUUUGAGAAGUUUUAUAUGAACACAACAAGCCUAUUUUUUAUCAUCUGUUCUGGGAAAAAAAAAGUCUUUGUACAUGUACACACUUGGUUUAUGACUUUUGUAAGAGCUGCAUGUGUUUAAUAAUGAAUGACCACUAUAUAAUACGUCAAUAAAGCAAUGUUGUGCCUGUC